CCAUUUCAAAAACAAAUAAACAUGGAACACAUUGUAAUCUUCUCAUUCUUCUCUUUACUUUUCCUCCUUGCAGUGGCUUUCAAGUUCUUGCUCCAAACAAGAACAAAACACAAACAGCUCCCACCAAGCCCACCUUCUUUGCUAAUUCUAGGUCAUCUUCAUCUCAUUAAGAAACCUCUCCAUCGUACUUUUCAACACCUUUCACAAAAAUAUGGCAACAUCUUCUCCCUUCGAUUCGGGUCCCAACUCGUAGUCAUUGUAUCAUCCCCAUCCGCUGUUGAAGAAUGCUUUACCAAGAACGACAUUGUUUUAGCCAACCGUCCUCGGUUUCUAGCGGGAAAGCUUCUAAGCUACAACUACACAACCAUGGCAUCAGCCUCUUAUGGAGACCAUUGGCGCAACCUUCGCCGCAUCAGUGCCUUAGAAAUAUUCUCAGCUAACCGCCUCAAUAUGUUCUUAGGCAUUCGAGAGGAUGAGGUCAAGCACUUGAUACGAGAACUAUCACGCAACUCGUGCCAGGGUUUUGCUAAGGUAGAGUUGAAAUCGAUGUUCUCAGAGCUGACAUUUAACAUAAUAAUGAGAAUGGUGGCAGGGAAGAGGUACUAUGGGUACGGUGAGGACGUGAAGGUGGACGACGAAGAAGCGAGGCAGUUUAGGGAGAUAAUGCGGGAGGUUUUCAAGUAUGGAGGAGCGUCGAAUCCAGGAGAGUUUGUGCCAUUGUUGCGUUGGAUUGAUCAUGGGGGUUUGGAGAAGAGUUUGACGAGACUUGCCAAGAGGACAGACUCAUUCUGGCAAGCUCUUAUUGAUGAGAAGAGGAGCAAGGAGGAGCAGAAGGGAAACACUAUGAUUGAUCAUCUGCUUUCUUUGCAAAAAUCACAGCCAGAAUAUUACACGGACCAAAUUAUCAAAGGGCUGAUAAUGGUUUUGAUACUUGCAGGGACUGACACAUCAUCAGCGACAUUAGAAUGGGCAAUGUCCAAUCUUCUCAACCAUCCAGAUGUAUUGAAGAAGGUUACAAUUGAAUUAGACAACCAAAUUGGAGAAGACAAAUUGAUCAAUGAAUCGAACAUCUCUAAAUUAUCCUAUCUUCAAAGUGUUAUCUUAGAGACCCUUCGAUUGUAUCCAACAGCCCCAUUGCUCCUACCUCACUUGUCUUCAGAUGAUUGUACCAUCCAAGGAUAUGAUGUACCGCGUAACACAAUCUUAUUGAUUAAUGCAUGGGCCAUUCAUAGAGACUCCAAUGUGUGGGAUGAUGCAACUAGUUUUAAGCCUAAAAGGUUUGAAACUAAUAAGGCUAACGCAUACAAGUUAAUGCCGUUUGGAUUAGGGAGGAGAUCUUGUCCUGGGGCAGGCCUUGCACAACGAACUAUGAGUUUAACUUUGGGGUCAUUGAUUCAAUGCUUUGAGUGGAAGAGGCAAGGUGAGAAAGCGAUUGACAUGGCCGAAAGUAACGGGACAACUAUGCCCAAAGCCAUAGCAUUGGAGGCCAACUUUAAAGUGCGCCCCGUUAUGAAUAAGGUUCUUUCUAAGUUUGUAAAUAAUGUUUAA